CCUGCCGCAACAUGUUAGGCUGCGUCGCGCUUAUAUAGACCGGCGACGGAGCACGCGUGUGCGGACGCAGUUGCGUGAGGGCUUUUUCUCCUUCCUCCGAGCAGUGGAGCAAAGCUUGUUCCUCUCCCGCUCAGCCGCGCAGGUUGAACUGACCAAAGCAAUGGUUAUGGAGAAGCCUAGUCCCCUGCUGGUCGGGCGGGAAUUCGUGAGACAGUAUUACACACUGCUGAACCAGGCCCCAGACAUGCUACACAGAUUUUAUGGAAAGAACUCUUCAUAUGUCCACGGGGGAUUGGAUUCAAACGGAAAGCCAGCAGAUGCCGUCUACGGACAGAAAGAAAUCCAUAGGAAGGUGAUGUCACAAAACUUCACCAAUUGCCACACUAAGAUUCGCCAUGUUGAUGCUCAUGCCACUUUGAAUGAUGGUGUGGUGGUCCAGGUGAUGGGGUUGCUCUCCAAUAAUAACCAGGCUUUGAGGAGAUUCAUGCAGACAUUUGUCCUUGCUCCUGAGGGCUCUGUUGCAAAUAAGUUCUACGUUCACAAUGAUAUCUUCAGAUACCAAGAUGAGGUCUUUGGUGGCUUUGUCACUGAGCCUCAGGAGGAAUCUGAGGAAGAAGUAGAAGAACCUGAAGAAAGACAGCAAACACCGGAAGUGGUACCUGAUGAUUCUGGAACUUUCUAUGACCAGACUGUCAGCAAUGACUUGGAAGAACAUUUAGAGGAACCUGUUGCUGAACCUGAGCCUGAUCCUGAACCAGAACCAGAGCAAGAACCCGUAUCUGAAAUCCAGGAGGAGAAGUGUGAGCCAGUAUUGGAGGAAACGGCGCCUGAGGAUGCUCAGAAGAGUUCUUCUCCAGCACCCACAGACAUCGCUCAGACAGCGCAGGAAGACUUGAGGACAUUUUCCUGGGCAUCUGUGACCAGUAAGAACCUUCCACCCAGUGGAGCUGUUCCAGUUACUGGGAUACCACCUCACGUUGUUAAAGUACCAGCUUCACAGCCUCGCCCAGAGUCUAAGCCUGAAUCUCAGAUUCCACCGCAGCGGCCUCAGAGGGAUCAAAGAGUUCGAGAACAACGGAUAAAUAUUCCUCCCCAGAGGGGACCUAGACCAAUCCGUGAGGCUGGUGAGCAAGGUGAUGUUGAACCCCGAAGAAUCGUGCGACACCCUGACAGUCACCAACUCUUCAUUGGCAAUCUGCCUCAUGAGGUCGACAAAUCAGAGCUUAAAGAUUUCUUUCAAAAUUAUGGGAAUGUGGUGGAGCUGCGCAUUAACAGCGGUGGGAAAUUACCCAAUUUUGGUUUCGUUGUGUUUGAUGAUUCUGAGCCUGUCCAAAAGGUCCUUAGCAACAGGCCCAUCAUGUUCAGGGGUGAGGUCCGUCUGAAUGUGGAAGAGAAGAAGAAUCGAGCUGCCCGGGAAGGAGACCGGCGAGAUAACCGCCUGCGGGGACCCGGAGGCCCUCGAGGUGGGCUGGGUGGUGGAAUGAGAGGCCCUCCCCGUGGAGGCAUGGUGCAGAAACCAGGAUUUGGAGUGGGGAGGGGAAUUGCUCCAAGGCAGUGAAUUGCUCUUCACUGAUCUUCACGCAGCAGUACAAACCCUGUUCCUGCAGAAUGGUGAUUUCUUCAACCAUCCUUUGGUAUCUUGCAGUAUGACCCUGGUCUCUUAUAAACUGCUUAAGUUUGUACAAUUUUACUUUUUGUGUUAAUGGUGUGUGUUCCCUCCCUUCCUCUUUUCUCUCCUCACCUUUUAUUCCUUCACUUCCAAUUUUGUGGAAUGAUAUUUUAGGAAAAAUGGAUUUUUAAAGAAGAAAAAAAAAAAAGACUGAAUUUCUUUGCUUUACUUUGCAUAUACAGACUGGAUUUUUUUUUUUUUUAUUUUAAACAGCCAUUUCCCCCAAAGGAAUGUGUCGCUUAUUACUGACAUUUGGUAUGUUUCAUUCAUUGGGAUAUUUCUUACUUAUUUUGUACAUGUUUCAAAAGCCUUUGAGAAAUACAGGAUUUGAUAAACAUUUUGAAGGCAGGAAAAACCCCAAAAUUGUUUCUUUUGAGAGUCAUGACUACCUUCUGGUGUGGAGAAACUGCCAUUGGAAAAAUUGACAAUUUUGAUUCUCGCUUGGUAUGGAUAAAAACUGAAUAAAAGAUGUUAGUGAAAUUUUUUCUUUUGAUAUGUGAUCACAAAACAAUUAUAAAAUCCACUCUUUUUACUGUUGAAAUUUAAAUUGUGAGAUAGGUUUUAAAUGUCUAGAAUGCAACUGAUGUGCUUUUCUUAAAUUAUUAGGGGUUUUAUUGAAGUUGAAUUUAUUUUCAUGUUUAAUUUGUAUUUGUUAAACAAACAAAAAAAGACAACACCCUCCCCACCACAAUCCGAGGAACACAAAACCAGAGCAAAACUGUUGUGCCUUCUAUUUAUCUUUGAUUCUGGUCUUGGCAAUUGUUUAAAGAAAAAUAAUAAAAAAAAGUCUAGAUUUGUUUUUUUCCAGGUUCAGAGUAUGUUGGGAAUUGUGGAACCCCUCUUUCACUGUGCGUCUUCUGUUCACUUGUUAUGCUUUAGUCUGAAAUUGAGUCUCAAACUGGAAUGCCUUGAGGACGGGUGCUUCUGUAGAGGUCCUUUGACCUAAAUAGCUCAGCAUCUUAUUUUGGUAUCUAUUCAGAAUUCUCAUCAGCCCACAAGAAGGAAUGUGAUUUUCAUAUUGGACUUGGCUGAUAUGCCUGAGUGUCUGCUAGUCUUUUUCCUUUAAAUCAUAGCUAUAUGGUAAAUUUUCUGUUUUAUUGGUUCUCUUUUAUCGAUGGACAUGCAGUGGGUAUUUCUUUGAAAUGGCCAAUUCUUAUUAAAAUAUUUCUGGGAAGAAAAUUUAAUCUGACAUGUAGGCUAAUACUCGUUUUACGUAGUAUGUUUGUUGAGUGCUGUGCAUGACUUGGGUGAAGGUUUUGUUUACACAUUUGUGAAGCAAGCCUUUGUGUAGUAUCUUAUCAUUGUUACUAGUUGAAGGGCAACAAGGCUGUCAAAUUUAACUUAUUUUCUUCUUAACAGUAUUCAUCUUUAGGACUGUUGUUUGAGGAUAGUGUGAGUAGGAAUAGGAAUGUUUGUUUUUCUGUUACUGGGAAACUAGGUUUGCUGAAGGGUGUAGUCUUAAACUAAAAUGAAAUUUGAUGUUAUCAGUUGGUCCUCAAUACCUCAAAUAUUUGAAAAUUGGCAGCAUCUCCUUCAUAUAAAGAAACUUAUAUAACUGAAUCACACGGCUGUUUUGGUGUUCAGUUUAAAUGAUUAUUUGGUAACCACUUCAUUUGGCCUAGCCAGUGAUAAUUAGGAGAAAUCCAGCUUAUACUUCUGUAGCUUAUAUUAAGCUUGUGGUGGAAAGGAAAAAAACUUAGCCUGAGUUAUUUUUGCAGUAACUGUAAAGACAUAAAUUAUGGAUAACCUAGAAAUCAUUUUUCACAAGUGAAUACUAAACCAUGCAUUUCAAAAUAGGAGUUCUUUCUACUCAGGUUUAAGGGUACUAACUAGAUUCCGUGGUACCCAAUUUGGGGCUGUUAUAUCCUAGACUAGAGGACAUUGGAAAUGUGUGAGAUUGUGAAGGGUGUUGGAGGGGGACACUGCAUUUGGCAUUUAGUGGGUAGGGAUCAACAAUGCACAUGCUCUGUAAAAAUGAAGCAACUGCAUUAAAAACAGAUAGUUUCCUAUAAAUGCAUGAUGGGCGGAGCAGUGGAUUACUACAACUGGAGUUGAAGACUCAUUCCUUUUCAAUAAAGCUUCAGAUAAAUAAAAAUAAAUGAAUUAGCAAAUAGAUAGCUCUUUCAGCAAUUAUAGUAACAUCUACUGUAAGUUAUCUCAUUUUCCUUCAUUUGUACCAAUAUGUGGUUUUAAAAAAUUUUUGGAGAAGGUAGCAUUAUGCUAGAUGCUGCUUGUAACUUGUUGCAGGGAGUUACUUUGUAAUCCCAGAAAACAAAAGUUUACUUGAGUAAUUUCAGCUCAUCAGAAUUUGGGUGAUUGUGGAGUUUUGAAUAGCAUAGGACUUUUAUAUGUAGGAUUUAGCAUCAUGUUUUAACACUAUGAAAAUCCUGGUAUCUUUGUUUCCAUUAUUGCUGAUGGUAUAAACAUGAUACCGUAGAGAUACAUAUAUUCACACAGAUAGAAAGUGAAAAUAAAAUAAGGCAAGAUUUUUCUAUAGGCAGCAUCAGCUCAUCAUAUUCAAUCUUUUCAGGUUUUAAAAUAUAAUUUUUCAUUUCUAGGAAUGGCCCAGUGUCUAGUUCUUUUCUACUGAGCUUAACACCCUUACUUACUUACCUAGUAACUUACUAGGUAUAAGAUUAGUUCAAUGUGCAUCUUGGUCUUUUAAGAACUGUUGAAAAUAAAUACACCUUGGGACUUAAAAAAAGUACUUUUAUUUGCUUUUAUGGUGAGGUUAGUCUUGACUUGUGUAUGCCUUUGUUCUCAACUUUUUGAGCUUUUGCUGGGGAGCAGUGAAAGUAAUUAUCCAAAAAUAAUUAUUUGAGUAGGUUACUGCACAGUAUUAGUUAAAUUGCACUUUAGUUUAGGUUGGAAAAAUAAUUUUCACGACUCUGUGGAUUAGGUACUGUUUUCCCCAAAGUAAUAGAUAAAGGAGAAACGGCAUCAGGGCAGCUGUGUGACUAGGCCUCCAAACCAUCCAUGUAGCAAGGAGCAGAUUGACCUCCGAAACUGAUGCUUUUUCUCCAAAACCAAAAUGCCUACAUAUGUACAUUUGAAUAACAUAUCAAGAUAUAGGAUAUGACCAUAUAAUUACUACAGUAUAGAAACCAGGGUCUAUAAAACAUUCAUAACAAGGUUAGCAUUUCUGUUCUUCAUUUCCAUAGGGUAAAUAAUAUAAUGUAAAUGAUUAGUAUAGGGCUUCUUUUGAUAUGCAGACUAUUUGGUAACAAUAAUGACUUGUUAGAUUAAUUUCUUAUCUGGUUUGAUAAUACAUUUAGAAAUCUGGAUGUGAGUAAUAUUUUUAUCAGAGCAUAAUCCAGGUGAAUUUAUAGCAGUUAUGGUUUGUGCUUAUAACUGCCGUCCUCUGAUACUUCCUUCACCCCUUUAUUUGAAAAUCCUUGUAGAAUUUAAUGAGUUAGUGGAAAAUGAGGCACUUUAUAGAAAACAAUUCGUUAGAAUCUGUAUGGAAAUAAUCCUCCUAUGAGGUUUAAAUUUGUAGACCAUUGUUUAUGCUGAAUGGCCUAUUUUAUGUAAAUGGUUGCAUUUGUCAAACCUACUGAUCUAAAGAUAUCUUUUAUAUUGAAGUUUUAUUUUUGUGCUACUUAAAAGAAUUUCUGCAGGAACUACAUACAGAUGACCUUUUAAUUAAGCAAUCUUGAACUUUGAAAAGGAAGCAACUUCAACAUUUAUUUGAAUAUAGGGUUCUAGCAAAUUGCCUAAUAUACUGAAAAUGGGCAUUGGAUAAUCAUGACAGUCUUUCACAAAUGUUUAAAAACCUUAGGAAUGAAUGUUAGCAACUUGGCAAUGUCUUAUGUGGAAUGAGGUUGUAGAUUUAACUUGCUGAUCAAGUUUUGACUAUGUGGUACUAGAUAAUUAUGUAAGGAUUUCUGCUUUUAAGGUAGUAAUUCCUUUUGGGAUUUUCAUUUGUAUACUGUGAUAUUGAAGUUCUGGGGACCAUAGGCAGGCUUGUGAAUUCUUACUAAACUAAAGGAAAAAUGGUGGCACAUGUGAGAUAAAACUUCCAUUUAUAUUCUUUUUAGUGACUAUGUAUGUAGUUCAGAGUAAUGCUCAAAUUAGACUGCUUUACUUGUGCUUUCAUGAAACAGUCUCUCAUCGUGGCCUGAAUGAAUAAAGAGUUGAUUAGAGGUGGCCUAACAGCACUAGUUUUAUUUGUUUUGAUUUAUGCUACAGUAUGGCUUAGAAUAAAGGUUGUUUGCUUUUUGAUUAUGUGACUUAUUUUGAAAACCUUGGAUAGUCUCUUCUCCUCCAAUUUCCAUUUAAACCUGGUAGCUUUUUUUUUUUUAGUUCCCUGGGAGAAGUAAAUAGUAUUGGAAAUCAGUUCCACUAUUACUCCCAUAAACCAUGUGACCUGGCCAACUAGAAAUCCACACGUUUUGCACUUUGAAACAUGGCCCAUGUCACAGAUUCCAAGGGACUUGCAUCUACCCAAUGUGUCUUAUUUUCUUAAAAAAAGAAAAUUAAGGGAUGUUUACCAAAAAUUUACUAUUGAAUUAUUUUAACAAAUCUUUUUUCAUAAACCCACUUAGGGGAAGUUUGCCUAUUUUGGUAGUAAUUUCAAGGAUGAUCAUAUCUUAUUUAAUCUGGAUAUAAGCAGUUUUAACUAUUGUUAUAAUUAUCCAUUUUGGUUACUGAAACUUUCCCCAAGCUUUGUUAGAACCACCUAUUUUACUUUGGAUUUUAUUUAAAUUCUUAAAUGUCUUUGUGAAGAUUGUGUAUGUAUACUGAUUUGGCCCUUUUAAAUGAAGACAUGCUGAGAAGCUGGCAUAAGGGAAUAAGGAGAAGAAAAGAACUUCCCUUUCUUUAAAGAUUCAGUGCACACUUAAGUAGAUUGU